AUGGUAUUGAUAGCGAGAUGUAUGGAUAAUAAUCAAAAUACCAGUGCACAAGAAAAUGAUGAUGGCGGUGGUGGUAGUGUUAGUGGUGAUGUUAAAAAUAAUGUUUCAUCAACACGUAAUCAUCUAACUAAUUUAUCUAGUCGUUUUGGUAUUGGCUCUAUUGCUGCUGCUAGUCGCUUUCUUCCUAAAUGGGCAUCAUCGUCAAAACGUAAACAUUCAAUAGCAAAACGAGACACCAGCGUACGACAGUAUUCAACAUUAACAACUAAUAAUCAUCGUCAACAUCAUUAUCCAUCAGUAAUAAGAUCAACCGAAAGACAAUUUUCUAAAACGUUACAUCGUACACGUUCAACUUCAGCAUCGUCUGGAUCCGGGCGAAAACUAUCUACACCGCCUUCUUCACCGUCCAUGUGGUUGCAAGGACAACAUUUAUUUUCAUCAACAGCAUCAUCCGAUAAUAAUAAUACUAUUAAAAAUUCAACUACAGUACCUAGCGAUAUAAAUAAACAUGUUGACAUUACACCGUCACCACCAAUGUCUCCAAUGGGUCCUACUCCAGAUACUGUAGCAUUAGAUUUUAAUUUUGAUUUAACAUAUAAUCAAUUACAAUCGCUAUGUGAAGAAAAUUGUGCCUUUUUUGCUCAAAAUAAAAAUGAUGUUAAUAGAUCAUUUGAAAGAUUAUUUAUACAAAUCUUACAUUCGUUAGAAAUAGCUGUACCUAUCAUACGUUAUAUAACGGAAAAUUUUCAUUAUUUUGAUUAUAGUGAAGAGAUUAAAGCAAACGGAUAUCGAUCACUAGUCGUCAGUCAUGGACAAUGUUCACUUAGAUGUUUGGAUAUUGUAAGACAAUUAACUGAAAAACGUCAAGGUUUACUAUUUUCGUUAAUGUAUUCAUCACGUUAUUUACAAGAUCUUGAGGCAUGGACAAAAUGUCUAAUCUCAUUACAAAAUAUCCUCCAGUUUGCAGCUAAAAUGAUUGAUUAUUCUGGAAAAAAAGUAUUGUUAGUUGAUGCUGAUCACGUUCCAUUAGACGUUGAACUAGAAUAUUUCAAAAUGGUUGCUGUUGAUCAAGAAGCAUUUUUUGGUAGAACGUGUGGUUUUCAGUUUGCACAAUCAUUACAAAUGAUGUUAACCUUUUUACUUGCCGGUCUGGCUACAUAUCAUGAAACGUAUAACAAAUCAAUUCCUCUUGCCGCACUUACUCUCGCAACAAGUUCUAAAUAUAUUAUGUUUCCAGAACAACGUGCAAAAAAAUGUGCCGAUGUAUUUCGUGAUAGUGAUUAUUUAUUUUGUAAAAGUUUUUGGAAUUUGGUUGAUCAUGAUGUGAUAAAAAUGGGCGCAAGUAUGAUAAUUCCAAAAGUAACUGUAAACAAAUAUUUUCAAAUCGGUCCUAAUCCAAUUAUAUUACCAAGAUUAGACGGACAAGGUGAAGUAACCAUCAAUGCACCAACUGCUCCACCUGGUGAAGACGAGCCCAUUGAAAAAGCUGCUGGCAACAUUGGUAGUGGUGCUCCACAACAGUCAACAGGAAGUGGCACAGAUAAGCCAAAAAAUUUAGUUAAUAUUAAAUUUUUAUCGAGUGAAGUAAGAGAAGGAAUGGAACUUUUACCAUUAAAAAGAAGUGAUUAUGAAAUUAGUUCUAAAAAAGUACUACCACAAAGUGAUCAUCUAAUUAUGCACAUUCAUGGUGGUGGCUUUAUUGCAACAUCGUCAACCACCCACGAACAUUAUCUCAGACCAUGGACUCUUGGAUUAGAAGUACCAAUUGUAUCCGUUGAUUAUUCUCUCGCUCCAGAAUAUCCGUUUCCACGAGCUAUCGAAGAAUGUUAUUAUGCAUACGCAUGGAUAAUCAAAAAUGCCGAUAAACUUGGCUGGAAUGGUAAACACUUGAUAUUAGCUGGAGAUUCGGCUGGAGGAAAUCUUGUUACAGUCGUCACGAUGAAAUCUAUUGAAGCUGGUUUAAGACAACCAACUACAAUAGUAUGUUUUUAUACACCUUUCUUAUUGGGUUACAGUAUGUCACCUUCAAGAUUAAUGGCUAUUAUGGAUCCAUUAUUGAAUACUGGAUUUUUGUGGCGUUGUUUGACAGCUUAUGCCGGAAUUAAAGCAGAUAAUGUACAACCUCAAGAUGAUAUGAAACAUAUUGAAGAUCAAGUUACCGAUAAACUGAUGAAUCAAAUGUCUAUCGAGUCUCAUGAUUCGAUGGUUGAAAUAAAUACUGUAGAUGUUUUACCCGAAAAAGAGAAGAUUAUCGAUUCUGCGUUCGAGUCACCGAAAAUACGAAAUAUAAAUGUUCAACAAUCGUCUCCUUACGAUAUUCAAACUGAAAGUCACAAAGAACAAAAUCAUCGUGAAACAUCUAAGAAUGAUUUUAUUCAUAAUACAUCAAAAUCUAUCGAUCAGGUUGAUGAAAUUAUUUCAAACGUCAAAAAUUUACUUAGUGAUGAAACAUUAUCAGCAACAACAACUGGAAAAAAGUCAACAUUUGUACGUGAAGAUAAUUAUUAUUUAAAACUAGGAGAAAUUAUGGGUACUCAACAAGCCUAUUUAUUAAGAAAAUUAAGAGAAUCGAGUUUACCAAAUCAUCCAGAUAUGUCACCAUUAUUAGCAGAUGAUAAAAUUCUAAAAAAAUUUCCAACGACCUAUCUUAUCGCAUGCCAUCAAGAUCCACUUUUAGAUGAUAUGGUGACGUUUGCUAAACAUUUGAGACAAUUAAACGUAAAACAUCGUUUACUUUUGAUACAUAAUUUAACACAUGGUUUCUUGAGUUUUUAUAAUGCCAAUAAUGAUUGUAAAAAAGCUGCUGAUAGUGUUAUGUUGCAAGUAGCAAAAGAAGUUGGAAUCAACGUCACUAGUAGAAAAUCACGAAAAAUGACAACGACUAAACAUACGUUAUACAAUAGUACAGGCGAACAAAAUUAUGAUAUAAUAUUUAAUCCUAUAUAUUCCACAGAACCUAGUAACUCAGAUAACGAUAAUUUAUCAUCGUUACCAAUAACGCCCACUAGUCCGCCUAUUUUUAACGCAUUACCAUCGUCAACAAUGCCAACAUCGCCAACAUAUUUAAAAAAGCAAAAAAUUAAAAAUAAAUUGAAAUCGUCCAAACCGAAUGAAAAAUAA